CAACAAUAACAAAGGAGCGCAGUGAGACCUCGGAAGAACUGAGAGAAACAUAUGUUCUUGUUGAAGGGUCCACAAAAUAGUGUUUUCUUCAAAGAAGAAGUAUUUAUAUAGAUAUAUUUAUAUUAUGUAACAUAUUCUACCUCAACCUUCAAGCGAGCUGAGUUUUGUUUUGUUCUUUGUGUUUUUUUUUUCUUGUAAAGAAACGGUUACCAUCUUCCUGUUUACACUAAUUCUCUGCCGCAGGGCCUUAACUUUUGCACACCUGGUGAAAGCUAUGACUGAGCUUUAAGUGUUCCUAAUACGUGAAGGAGAAACUCAUGCACUUCAGCACCUUUCCAGAGGCUUCUGUGAGCGGCUAUAGCAGCUGAUGACCAAAGAGCCCCAUCCUCAAGCGACACUAGCAGGACUGAUCUGGCCCCCUCCUCCUCUCCCAGCUCCCUCACCAUGUUCCAGAGGUUCACCAGCAUCCUGUUCGGAGAUGCCCUGGAGGAGGCCAGUGAAUGUCCUGCAGACGUGGGCUUUAACAGAAAUGAAGAUGAUGAGGACUGGAUCCUCGUUGAUUAUCUCGCUGAAGCUUGCACCAGUGCCUGUGAGGAUGAGUUGAUAGAAGUUUGCUCAGAGAACAUGGAUGCUCCUGACUGUCCUCUGCGCUGCUCCUCCUGCUCCUCUCUGGACUCAGCAGCGGACACGGACCCUGAGGACAGAGGAUUCUUGCGCCUGGAUGCUGAGUGUGAUCUGGAGGAGAGCUGGUUUAUCACACCGCCACCCUGCUUCACAGCUGGAGGAAGAGGUCCAGUGCUUCUGGAGACCAGUCCUCUGGAGAACCUGCUCAUAGAGCACCCCAGCAUGUCUGUCUAUGCUGUGCAUAGCUCACACCACCGCCAGCUGAAGGAAAACUCCUGUGAGCCCAGCAUCCUCAGGUCAGAGGUUCAGCGCAGACCCAGUCACCCUACUGGCUGCUAUGCAGCCGCUCUCACCGCCACACGUGCCAGCUUCCUGGAGCAGGCCAAAAACGGACGCCUGGCUCAGAGGAUUCGGGACAAUGUGCAGCGCCAGCAGCUGUCCCGUAACGCUCUCCGCCGCCUGAACCUGCUUCAUGAUGGGGGAGCCAGGCAGGCCAAAGCCGCCGCAGGUCACGUCCACCAGCCCGGACAGAGGCAGUAUAACUACUGAGACCAUUGCCACUGUGCUCCCCCCAAAUAAUACUCUCUCUCUCUCUCUCUCUCUCUCUCUCUUUUCCCAGCUCUAUGCUAGGAGUUAGUCUUUCUUACAUAGACACAAUGGGAUCCUUCAGAAUCAAUAGCAUAGGUCACUUUACUCCAGUGCAGAUACCAGUCUGCUUGAGCGUAUGUUCAAAUCAGGCUCUAUUUAGCUCUGGUUCUCCUACCGGGAGCUGACAACAUGUUUUAAUUGUAUCACAAGUUAGAGUGCUUACAUAAUGGUUCACAUCUGUAUGCACUUCACAUACAGAGCCUCAUGUAGUGUGAAUGUAGGUUUUUGUCAUCAUUAUUACCAUUAUUUUUUUGCAUGGUGUAUUUCAGUGGAUGUCCAGGAAUUAUAUCAUCCUGUGUCUAAUUGCUUCACGUGUAACGAUGUUCUGUUUCUACAAAAGCCAUUUUUUGCAUCACUAACUGCAUUUUUGUUUCAGAGUGAAUCAAUCUAUGACGGAUUGUGUUUUCUGUUUCAGAAAAAUUCCUUUUGCUACAAUAUUAUAAGUCUAGCAUUACUUGUCACUAAAAGCCUUUAGUAGUAAAUUUCCAAAUAUGUAAGAUAUAUUUAAAAAAACUUAUUAAAUAUUUUUAAAAAGAAAAAAAAAUAUCACAUAUAGUAUAUACCAGUAUGAAGUUGUAUGAGGUUGUGUUAUCUGCAGUGUAGGGUAUGUUUGUAGCUUUUUUAUGGUAGCAGGCAUUUUUUAUGAUAUAAUAGUGCAUAAAAAAAACAGUUGAGUGUUUUAUUGUUCAUUUGCUUUGAAUCUGCCAUACAUGUCUCAGGGUCACAACGCAGUCACUUGUACUCUACUAAAAUGCAGAUUACUUGACAAUUGUUAAUUGUAUUUGUACAUACUGAAGAACUUCUUAAAUUUGUCAUUGUGUACAUUGCCUUGUUGAAAUAUUUGUAAUUAAUCACUUUUAACUAAGCUGAAUGAAAGCGAAAGGCUUGCUCGUCCUAGGACUGUGAAAACGAAGUCUUUCUCUUGACUGUUAAAAUCUCCAAACAAUGAGUAAAACUGUUAGUCUUUUUCUGAAAAUGUCCAACAGAAAUGUUUUUUUUUUCUCACUGUAAUGGGCUAUUGCGUUUUAUGCCUCAUGUUUUAUUAGUUACAUGAAAGUUGUAUUUGCUGAGGUAAAUAUUUAAACCUGAGGUGGCAACAAACUUUGGCUUUGGUAGUGUUAUAUGUGUUCAGAUUUGGGAUUUUUUUUGGUAUGUGUGUUCAUUGAUCUGUCUAAAAUAACACAAAAUAGUGUUGUGACAUGCUGAAUGUGUCACAUGUGGAUGAACUAGGCUGACUGAUAUGUAGUGCAGGCUCAAUUCAUGGCAAUCAAUCACAGCUGGUGUUCUUGAGUGAGCAAACUGAAUAGCACACCUAAGAUACUCUAUCCCUGGGCACAGGAAUAUGAUGUGUGUUAUUUUACUUAUUUCACUUAACCUUGUUUUCUUUAGCAUUAUUUCUAAAUGCGGCAGCUUUGUCCACUUUGCCUGACUUUGUCUGGAGGAACAGCAUUUCUUUUUGUCUUCAUCAAUCUUAACUUUUCAAGUUAAUAACAGGGAUUUUAUUUUGCCUUGAAAUCUGUUAAGGAUCUUGUGCCUUCCAGGUUAACAGUGUGACAAUGCAUUAGUGAAGAACUUGAAUUCUGUCCAAAGGGACUUUAACUCACUAUGCACAGGGGAGUACAAUGGUCUCUGUGAGCCUCUCACUCUGUCCAUGUUUUUUCCAUAAAAAUGUAGCAAAGGUUCUCUCUGUGUUUGUGUAGAUAAUGAAUAAUGUGCCCUUGCUCACUAGGUGUCACAGUCAGACAGUUCUUUGAGUUUCAGUUUACUGGAAUAAAAACAGCACUUUGCCAAACGAGUAGGUUUAAAUACCAUGUUUAUUUUCCCUUUCUUACAGUGUGGAUUCGUAUUUAAAAUGUACACCAUCUUUUAUUUGUAACUAGCAUAAUUUACUGUUGUAAAGCCUCUUGUCAGUAUAAUUUAUGCUCCUUUAUUUUUCAAUAAAUGCUACGGUUUUUAAAUGAA